UUAGAUUCUAAAGUGCAAAACGAAGAUUGUUUGUCUCACACCUGACACCCCCACUUGCAUCAGCUACCUUACGCUCGCUCAGCCUCAGUGACUUAAUUAUGUUCUCUGCAAUCAGACAAGCUGCUCGUGUGCGAACGAUGCCCUUGACGACUGCGAGGACAAGUCCCUCAAAUACCAUGCGCAUGCCCGGUUGUCGGACUAUCGUUACAAAAAAGUACACCGAGGAGCACGAAGUCGUUGCUUUUGAUGACGAGACUGGAUUGGGCGCUGUGUCCAUAACGGAUCAUGCGCAGGAGAGCCUUGGAGAUGUUGUGUUUGUGGAGCUUCCUGCUGUAGGCUCGAAAGUUUUAAAAGGCGACCAGAUUGGUGCAGUUGAGAGCGUCAAGGCAGCCUCGGAUAUUUAUGCACCAGUAUCUGGCAUAGUCACUGAGGUGAACGAGGUCCUGAAUUCUGAACCUGGACUCUUAAACCGCUCUCCCGAGGAAAAAGGUUGGCUGUGCAAAAUCAGACUCUCUGCACCCGAGGAAAUGAACGAGCUGCUCACGCUCGAGAGUUACAAAGCGACUUGGGAGGCGUGAAUCGUAAUACUGAAGGGACGACUAUUUGGUCUGCCUGCGGGAGACUAAGUUUGACUAGCGACAUAACCCCUGGCCUCAACUGCCAUACCUUUGUUAUUACUUA